AUGGCAUCCAGCCCCUCCACUUCUUCCUCGCAGUCGUUGGCCGCGCACUUCCCGGAGCGGACGGGUGGCCCGGCGCGGAGGCUGCAGCCCUCUGCGAAUACUACUUGGACGCUUCACGGCCUCCUCCUGACCGACCUGUGGGAGGAGCCGCUGCACACGAGCAGCCGCACGCGCGAUCGCCUUGGCUAUAUCGACUUUGGCAUGGUGAUACCACCCAUCCGUGCCUUCCUCUACUCCAUGCUUAUUCCCUACGCCUGCUACCCCAUUGCGCUGGUGCAUCUUUAUGGGUUUUACCGCUGCACUCGGACAAUGGUGUUCCCCAAGUACUACAAGCGGCAGCGCUACUCUGAUCGCGUCAUGUACGGUGUUCAGAAGCGCGUGUACGACACGCGGCAGAAACGUAUUUUGGAGUCGCAAAUCGAUGACGUUCAGGAGAUUCAGCAUGCGCUGGAGGUGGCGGGCGCAGCACGUAACCAGUUCGUGGAUGACCCGUACCGCAAGGGCACGGCCUACCUCGUAGUGGAGCAGAAAAUCAUGAAGGCGGAGGCCAUCUUCACCGGCGAGAACUGGGCCUGGGCCUUUAUCUCGGACACCUGUCGCUACGUCACGCCAAUGCUCUUUGCGUACCUGUUCCACCCGUCAUGCAAGCGCUUGACAGUGGACUUGCGGCUGUGGAGGCAGGGCCGUCUACACUGGCGGCAGGCGCGCCACCCCGUUCUCAAUUUCUUCAAGACGUAUAACGAGUACAAUCAGGCGAUGCGGCGUAUCAACAUUACGAGACCUGCCCCAAAGGGUGCCCAGCCGUGGAGUCGCAAUCUCUGA